AUCACCGGCAAGACUUAAUUGACCGGGAGUUAUGAAAUCCUAACAAAUCUCGUUAUUUGAAAAAGAUGAUAUCACGGGAUGCUGUGUAAUUCUUUCUGCUAUUUAUACUUUCUGCUAUUUGCGGUUCUAUUACAUGUACAUUCAAAUGAAGAUCCUGCUUAUGUUUUUGACUUGAUGUUGCACUACUUGGCUAAUGAGUUUCUAUUCUAUGACCAGGGGAAAAAGGUGAAGGUACCCACUUUUCUUGUCCCUGCUACACAAAAGGUAUGGAUGGAUAUAUAUGGCCUUCCGGUGCCAGGAUCUGGUGGCAAGACUUGCUCUCAGAUAUUUGAGGAAGCUGGUUGUGAGGUUCCGGCAAGUCCUAGUUGUGCAGCUUGUAUGGGUGGCCCGCUAGACACUUACGCACGGAUCAAUGAACGUCAGGCAAGUUUGUUAUCUCGUGGAAUUUCUUUAGAGAUAUUUUUGUUUGUCCAACCCAGAUUGGUCGCAAGCAGUUGGUUCAACCACAAGCCUCUGCUAGUACACACUACUCUAAUGUGUUAGACUGGCUUGUCUGUA